UUAGUAAGAAAAGCACUCCACACAUCCGUUAAACGACAAGGCGUUUAAGCAUUGGAAAUUCAGGAGAAAGAGAAGAAGCGACAGCUACUCCUUCUUCCUCCGACGUGUUACUGAGUUGUUAGGGCUAACUGAGCUUUAGAUUCAUUUCAAAUUAUGCGUUUCAUCCAUCCAUUUUUCAUCACAUCAAACGAGGUCGCUAAACAUCUCAAUCCCUCUACUCUUUCCUUUCAUUGAUCACCAUUAUCGGCGUGAUCGCGCGUCACACGGUGAUUGCGUGUGUUCUGAGGUAGAUAGUAGAAUUAGAAGACUGAAUUGUAAACAGCAUGAAUUAUCUUCUUGGAGCUUUCAAGCCUGCAUGUAAUGUUCUGAUCACAUUUAACGAUGGAAAAAACCGUAAGCAGGUUCCAUUCAAAAAAGAAAAUGGUCAAACAGUUACAGUCCCACUUUUUCACAGUCAAGAAAACAUUGCUGGAAAGAUUACAAUAGAACCAAUGCAAGGGAAGAAGAUUGAUCACAAUGGCAUAAAAGUUGAGCUCCUUGGACAGAUAGAGAUGUAUUUUGACAGAGGGAAUUUUUACGACUUUACUUCCCUUGUAAGAGAACUAGAUGUUCCUGGAGAAAUCUAUGAAAGGAAAACAUAUCCAUUUGAAUUCUCUACUGUUGAAAUGCCAUAUGAGACAUACAAUGGGGUGAAUGUGAGGCUUAGGUAUGUCUUGAAAGUGACCAUUAAUCGUGGUUAUGCAGGAAGCAUAGUGGAGUACCAGGAUUUUGUGGUUCGCAACUAUUCUCCACUUCCGCAGAUUAAUAACAGCAUUAAGAUGGAGGUUGGAAUAGAAGAUUGUCUGCACAUUGAAUUUGAAUACAACAAAAGCAAGUAUCAUCUGAAAGAUGUUAUCAUUGGCAAGAUAUACUUUUUACUUGUCAGAAUCAAGAUAAAAAACAUGGAUCUUGAGAUUAGACGCCGAGAGUCAACAGGAUCAGGGACCAACACCCAUGUUGAGACGGAAACAUUGGCUAAAUUUGAGUUGAUGGAUGGUGCUCCAGUCAGAGGUGAGUCAAUCCCAAUCAGACUGUUCCUCAGCCCUUAUGAGCUGACACCGACUCAUCACAACAUUAAUAACAAAUUCAGUGUGAAGUACUUUUUGAAUCUUGUGUUGGUCGAUGAAGAGGAUAGGCGAUAUUUCAAGCAGCAGGAAAUCACAAUGUACAGGCUGCAAGAAUCUUCGUGAAAAAUUAUCAUACAGAGAAUGAGUAUUAGGUUUGUUGAUGAUAGUAAUAAAGAAGAUUCUGAUGAACAUGGAAGAGCUCUCAAGUCCGGGAAUCAGUCAGUGAAUCCUGUUUUUUCAUGGGGUAAAAUGGUUUGGCAUUCUAACAUGCUUGAAAUUCAACAUAUGCAAUGAUGUACAUUGACUGAUCUGUUAUACGAUAUUGAAGAAAGCACCUCUUAUCUGUGCUGGAUUGUUGAUAUCCAUGAGAAUGUGUUAUAUGUGGUUGAAUAUUUGUUGUGAUAUCUUUAAGACUCUGGUUUUCCUGUUAUCUACAUUGCACUACCUCAUGAAACAAUGAUGUCCGUUUUUCAAUUAUUUUGUACAAACAGAAUCUGUUGUUGGAUACCAAUUUGUUUUGUUUGUUUCUGCAUUGACACAUUUUUCUUUUCUUCUUUUUGAUAUUGGAUUUGUGUAAUGAAGAUUAAA